AUGAUGCACGUCUAUGCAUUCACCACAGUGGACGGCCUGAACACAGAGCCAUUACCUCCUGGAUCUGUGAUUGAGGUUAUUGCAACCAGCAGCAGCGGCCAGGAGAUCCGCACCUUUGCUGACAAGGACGGCCUCUUCUGGCUGCGUGAGGUGCCCCCUGGCACACACAUUGUCAGCGCCUACAACAUCAAGUUUGUGUUUCCAGAGUACUACGAGCCGCGCAAGCCCCUGGACAUUCGGGGCAUCGUCAUGAGCCCCUACGGCCUCAUGAUCGGGUUCUCCGUGUUCAUCAUGGUCGUCAUGCCCAUGAUGAAGAUGGACCCCGAGGAGUACCGCGAGGCAAUGUCAAGCAUAAGCGGCGGGGGCGCGGGCGCCUCGGGCGGCCAGGCGGGCGGCGGCGCCGCCAUCGCGGCGCCGCAAGGCCUGGGCGCCGUCACGCAGCGGCGGGCGGCGGCCGGGCGCGGCCGGUGA